AUGACGCGCGCGAAGAUCAUCUAUUUGUCUGGCGAAAUCCCUCAAGGGGACCCCGAAGGAGACCAGCGUACUUUGUUUAGAAAAUUGCAUCUAUUGAGCAAAGAGAGAAAUCACCCUAUCCUUGCGUCGGCUCUCGAGGCGAUCACUAUUGCUGUGAAGCAAGAAUGCCGGCGACUGGAGAAGUCUCAAAGGGAGUUCAUCCCUACGUUUGAGAGCGUAUUAGACCUGACCGAUAGUGUUAUUGAGCUCAGGAAGACGCCGUUAGGUGGAGCUAUUGAGCGAGUCCUUGUUCUCGUCUUCCAGUUGGGUAUCUUCAUUGCCUACCAUGAAGCUCAUCCUCUUGAAUACGAUUUUCGAUCAGAAAAUGCUGUGCUUAUCGGACGGGGGCCAGGUUUGCUCUCUGGGGCCGCCAUUGCACUCUCCCCUUCUCCGCUGUUGCUUCCAGUCAUGGCCGCUGAAAUCACGAAAGUCACAUUCCGAUUUGGACUUAUCGUAGAUCAAGUUUGUCGAUCACUCGAGGUGUCGCCUAACGAGAUCAAUGCUGAAGGAGCUUGGGUGUACUGCGCCCAUGGGGCUGAUCUAAAAGAGUCCCAACAAGCAGUAGCGGAUUUCAAUGCGAAAAAGGCGUACCCUGAGGCCAGCAUGGUGACGGUUUUCAACACCGACGAUAAAUCCGUGAGCAUUGGCGGCCCGCCGUCAACUCUCAGAUCCCUUUUCUCAGAGUCAGAAUUCUUCAAACACACGAAAAACGUUCCAAUGAGGAAGGUUCAGGGCAUGUGGCAUACUAAUAAAGCUUAUGGCCCAGAGCAUAUCAAGCAGAUUGUCGAGGGCAUCACAGUAAAUAGUCAAUUGUGCUUCCCUAUAUUCUCUCCUGUAACCGGCCGACCCUUCGAGGCGACAGAUGGUACAUCACUACUACUAGAGAUGAUGACGGAAAUUCUAACACAAAGCAUUCGAUGGGACCAGACUAUUGAUGGUGUCUCUGCGCGUUUGAAACGACUUUCACCAGACGAAGCACAGCUGUGGAGUUUACAACCUUCGCAUUAUAUGGAGAGCGUCCUCGAACGAUGGAGCACCGAGCUUCCUGCCACAACUCUAGAGCACCAGACGAUGAUGCCCGCCGUAAUAAGUCUAAAUCUGGAGCAAAGCCCACCACGCGAUGCAAAAGCAGCCAAAAUCGCCGUCAUUGGCACGGCAUGCCGAUUUCCUGGUGGCGCAGACGACACUGAGAAGUUCUGGGAGCUGUUGGUGCAGGGUCGCGACGUCCAUUCACCUGUACCAGCUGAUCGGUUCGAUGUCGCAAGUCAUGUCGACCCGACGGGAGAGAAGUCUAACACAUCCAAAACACCCUACGGCUGUUUUGUAGACAAUCCAGGGCUCUUCGAUGCUUUGUUCUUCGGUAUGUCUCCGCGUGAAGCCGAGCAGACCGAUCCCAUGCAGCGAUUAGCUCUAGUCACAGCCUGCGAGGCUUUGGAGAGUGCAGGAUACGUUCAUAGCAGAGGUAUUCACCAGCGUCGCGUCGGCACAUUCUACGGAUGUGCUAGCGACGAUUACCGUGAGGUCAACUCUGGUCAGGAUAUUGGAACUUAUUUCAUUCCUGGCGGAUGUAGAGCUUUUGGCCCUGGCCGCAUCAAUUAUUUCCUGAAGUUCUGGGGACCAAGCUACAGCAUCGAUACAGCUUGUUCGUCCAGUUUGGCAGCUAUUCAAGCUGCCUGUUCUUCACUCUGGAGCGGUGAUAUUGAUAUGGCGAUCACAGGUGGUAUGAACAUUAUCACCAACUCGGAUGUCAGCGCUGGCUUGAGCAAGGGUCAUUUUCUAUCACCUACUGGAGGGUGCAAAACGUGGGACGAGGGAGCAGACGGCUACUGUCGCGCCGAUGGUGUCGGCAGUAUCGUCCUCAAGCGACUCGAAGAUGCCGAAGCUGACAACGACAACAUUCUCGCUGUUGUUCUUGCUGCAGGCACCGACCAUUCGGCUGAGGCUGUAUCCAUCACACACCCCCACGACUUGGCACAGGCCCAUCUUUAUAACCAGAUGGUCAAACGUGCUGGUAUUGAUCCAUUGUCUGUAGGCUAUGUCGAGUUUCACGGGACAGGCACUAUCGCAGGGGAUCCAACCGAGAUGAGGUCAGUCACCAGUGUCUUUGCUAACGGGCAACCCAGAACCACAAGCCUCCAUAUUGGAUCUGUAAAAUCCAAUGUCGGGCACGGUGAGGCUGCAGCUGGUAUCAUGUCAUUUAUCAAGACCAUUCUAGUUUUCCAAAAAAGUGUUAUCCCUCCACAUGUUGGUAUCAAGACUCGGCUGAAUCCGGCUUUGCCCAAGGAUUUGGAUAAGAAAGGCGUUGUCAUUCCGUUCACGGCCACACCAUGGGAACGGAGAAGCGAUCAGAAAAGAUUGGCAAUGGUGAACAAUUUUGGAGCAGCUGGAGGAAAUACAGCAAUGAUACUGGAAGAAGCGACGCCGCGUCCAACGGUUGGCAACGACACGCGACCUACGCACCCCAUCAUCAUCUCGGCAAAGACACCAUUCUCUCUUCAAGAGAACCUCAGACGUCUCGUGGCUUUUAUUGAAACGCGACCAGAUGUCUCUAUUGCUGAUCUGUCCUACACUUUGUCUGCACGGAAGAAUCACUACAAUUACCGGGUUUCGGUACUUGCGUCUUCCCUCACGGAGGCUGCUACACUGCUUCGUCCGCAUAUUGAAACCGCCUUAGACCACUUACCUACUUCUUCCAAACAAGCACCAGUGGCCUUCGCUUUCACUGGCCAAGGGACAUUCUACAUCGGCAUUGGCGCACAACUUUACCGCGACUCUAGGCCUUUCCGGGAACAACUGGACCGACUCGACGGUAUUGGGCGACGUCAGAAGUUCCCUUCGUUCUUGCCUAUCAUCAAGAGCACCUGCAAUGUUGAAGAUGUUCCCAUAGUUUCCAUGCAUCUAGCUAUCGUGUGCGUAGAGAUCGCUCUAACACGACUCUGGGCCUUGUUUGGCGUCAAGCCAAGCGUCGUUAUAGGCCACAGCCUGGGCGAGUAUGCUGCAUUGAAUGCAGCAUGUGUCUUCUCCGAUAGUGACACUGUAUUUCUCGUCGGAACACGUGCGGCACUGCUAGAGACAAAAUGUACGCCUGCUACGCACGGCAUGUUGUCCGUUCGAGCGUCUCACGAAAAUGUCGUAAAGGCCGCCGACGGCAUUCCCUUUGAAGUGGCUUGCAUCAAUGGUCCCGAGGAAACAGUACUCGGAGGUGCACUCGCAGACCUGGAUGAUCUUGCAACCGUUCUCGGGAAAGCGGGCUACAGGACCAUAAGGCUUAAUGUGCCCCAUGCCUACCACACAAGCCAGAUGGAAGUUUUGGUGAAUGAUUUUGUCAAACUGACGCAGGCUGUUGUAUGCAAGCCGCCCAGAAUUCCCGUCAUUUCACCCCUCUACUCCAAAGUUCUUACUUCCGAAAUUGAUGUUACAUACUUGGCUAAGGCGACUCGAGAUACAGUCGACUAUGUUGGUGGACUCAAUGCCGCUUGGACAUCUGGCGUUCUGUCGAAAUCCAGCCUCUGGAUAGAGAUCGGCCAUCAUCCUUGCUGUGUCAGCUUUAUCGCAAAGACAUUGUCAGACACUCGAUUGACGUGUCCAACAUUGAACCGAGACCAAGACAACUGGACCACGCUCGGCAAGGCACUCACUGCGUUGUACAAUGCUGGUUUGACCAUAGAUUGGACGGAGUACCAUUUACCCUUCGAGCAGGCUCUCCGACUGGUCGAUACCCCGACAUACGCGUGGGACAAUAAAAACUAUUGGAUUCAGUACAGCGGAGACUGGAAUCUGACCAAGGGACGGGCGCUGUCUGAUCCCAACUUCACCAAAGCCUUGACUCAGACUGUCAAGGGCUUCCGCACGACAAGCAUCCAUGAAAUUUGUUCGGAGAACUACACUGAAUCCUUAGCCCAGCUCGUGACUGAGUCAGACAUGACCGACCCAGCGCUCAAGGAUGUUAUCGACGGACAUGCCAUGAACAACUACGGAGUUGCAUCUUCUUUCCUCCACGCGGAUAUGGCUUUCACAGUCGCGAAACGUAUUCUUGACAAAGGGCUUCCAAACUCAGCUAACAUUGGCAUCAACGUUGCCGACUUCGAGUAUCACGAACCUGUAGUUAAGCACCGCAGCCCAACUGAAGCUCAGCCGAUCGUGGUGAGUGCCGAAGCCGAUUUAGAAAAAGGGCAAGCCCAUAUCAAAUGGUAUAAUCCCGCCAAAGGCUUGUGGUAUUGCCAUGCGUCUAUCUUCUACGAAGAUCCCUCAUCUUGGCUGUCGACAUGGUCCCGUUCAGCAGGCCUUGUGACAAGUCGUAUCGCGGCCCUGAACGAUCUGGCCGCGAGCGGUAAUGCCGAUAGAUUGACGACCAGUCUUGCAUACAGCCUCUUUGGGAAAUUAGUCGGCUACUCGGACAUGUAUCGAACAAUGAAGUCUGUGAUUCUCAACAAAGAUGAAGCCGUGGCUGAGGUGGAAUUCCCCGCCGAUACCGCGGGCUCGUGGACGGUGCCUCCCCAUUUCAUCGACGGAUGCGUGUCUCUGUCUGGUUUCAUCCUGAAUGGAGGCACCCAUUUCGAUAACACUAAAUACUUUUACAUCACGCCAUCCUGGAAAUCCAUGCGGUUUGCAAAGCCGCUCGCGCCUGGCGGCCGAUACCUAGCCUACGUCCGAAUGGUCCCUGCCGACAACAACCAUGACUUCGUUGGCGAUGUGUACAUCCUUCAAGGUGACGAGAUUGUCGGUGUCGUCGAGGCGAUUGUGUUCACACAAUGGCCCCGCAUCAUGCUGGAUCGUUUUUUCCGCCCUCCAGCUACAAAGGGCGCAUCUCAGGCUCCCGAUGUCUCUCAUGUUGCCCUCCCUCUGACUUCAUUGGGCUCGAGUGCAAUUAUGUCCAAGACGCAGUCGGUUCAGCCGUCACCCUUUGUGGGCAACCCUAAAUUCGGUACAGGUCUGUUGACUCCUCCUUCGCCAGCACGGAGCGUUCAAGCACAAGAAAGCAAGGACGAUUCAAACACAAUAGCGUCGGAUUCGGUCGUCCGCGCAUUUGAAAUCAUAGCUGAGGAGUUGGCCAUUGACGUCCGGAUGCUAACUGAUGAUGCAAACAUUUCCGAUUUCGGGCUGGACUCACUUAUGUCUCUCGUACUAUCUCAGAGACUACGUGAGGAGCUCAAGACCGAAAUCCGAGACGCUUUCUUUUUGGAAGUAUCAACUUUUGGGGAUUUGAAAACUUUGUUGGGGUAG